UCGGCUGCUAUUUGGUUGAACAUACAAACCAUAUGCAGAAAAACUGUAAACACACGGUAUUAUUAUUGAGUCAUCGUUCAUUCAGGACAAACUCUGCAUCGGUUCUUGUGGAUCAGUAGAUUGAACGGACUCGGUGUGUGAACAUGUCGAGGAAGCUCCUUCUAAUAUUCAUGUUAAUAUGCAUGACAAAGUGCAAACGUUAUCCCUAUUACUCGGUCGAGAAUUUGUAUUCGAUACUUGAUCGGACGUCAGAAUACUUCAAAACUCUCAAAAAUGCACACAAAUCACCAAAUGCCGAUACAUCGAACACUGACGGCGAAAUCGCCAGAUACAUGGAAGCUACGACCAAGAUGAUCCAUCAGCGGCAAAAGAGAGCUCUUCUGGAUAGUUUACAGCCCAAUCAAGAGGUAAAUGUGCUGCAAGGUUUCGAGGAAGCCUUAUCCGUCACCAAUCUGUCAGACUUUCAGGAUGUAGCUUUCGUUCCUGUACAAGAUGAGCAACGAUUAUUUUGGCUCGCGGCUGCCAUCGACUCCUCAAAUAUACAGCUGUAUCAAUUAUUUGACAACACAAGGCUUCUUUUGGCCAGCUACCCGCAGCCUAAUGGAAAACGGAUAAUAGUAAAUAAUUACGGCGCCGACAUAUUCACGGUCGUCCAAACGAACACCGGUGAAAUCGUCGUUCUGCGUGUCGGCCGAAACAAAACCGGCGUCUACGAGUUUCAGUUCAAGCAGGAGUUCGAGAUUCCCGGGGCAGUAUACACGAACAUGUGGUUCGGAACGAAUCAAUUGUACCUGGGUGUCGCUUCCAAUGCGAAGGUCUUCAUUUACACCUGGCUCGGAGAGCACUUCGACAAGAUAGACACCUUGCACUUCGGGGCGAGGAAAUUAUUGUUCUUCCGGCAGAAGAGCUUCGUGUACAUCAUCGUCGUGGGACCCCUCACGAGAAUAUUCCGAUUCUCUGUACGCUCAAAUAAAUUCAUAGAGACGCAGAAGUUGCCGGGCACUCAAAGCGCCGGUCUAUUUUACUUCAAAGAAGGCCGCCUCGAGGAGCGUUUCUUAGCUCUGGCCGACGAUAAUUUCACGAUUUUGUACAAAGAAAUGUACAAUCGUUUCGUGCCGUUUCAAAGGGUCGCUUCGGCGAGACACGUUCAUUCCUUGAUGACGGCGGAUACCGUGAUUCUUCUUACCGCGACGGAAGGGAAUAGCGUGAAUUUUUAUCAAUACGACGGUUGGAGGUUCGUAGGGCUGCACGCGAAGCUGUCAAACAUUCGUGCGAUUCGUCGAAUCUAUUCGCACGAUGGAGACACGUUGGUGCUGCAAAAUCAGGACGGAGAGUGGAAGUUCCUGAGGCCUGUUUGGACCGUGAGGAAGACGUGGCAAGCUUUGCGGAACGAAAUAGAGGCCUGGUGUUCCGAAGUCAAGCGGAAAGCAUCUCAGAGAAGCUCGGGGAGGAUUCCAGAUCUCGAAAGUCCCGUGAAGAUACCGGAUGCGCACAUCGGUCAGCUUCGUGUUCAGAACAUAAACGAUCACAAUGCGUCGGAAUUGGUCCGCUUGACGGAACGAUACAGAAGAACAAUUUCUAUGUUAAAUUUAGCGAACAACAUCUUAACGCGUGGAACAAGCACCGGGAAAUCCCAGAGGACAGUUCUGUACGGUAAAAAAGUCACAGUCCAGUGCAAGACGAAAUGUUACGUUCGCCGUUUGAACACAGAUACCGAGAUGAGACCUGUUGAGAGAUCCGGGAAAUUAAAAAGCUCUGAUCAAGCUUUAAAAUUCGCCAACUUGAAAGUAAAAGCGAUGAACAACUGGAAAUGUCCCAUUCCCAGUUUCGAGAUAGACGAUAUAUUUGUCAAGGGGACCGUUAACGGGAUAUUAAUGGAAACCCUUCAAGAAGGAACAUUGAGGAUUUCUGGAAACCAGACAGUCUCAGGUGAACACUUCUUCAGCAACUUGUACGCGACGAACAUUUCUAUUCCACUGGACAUCGCGACGCAUAAAACUAGCGUGAUAUUGCAAAUAGUAGAGGCAAGAGCGAAAGAACUGCAUUUGAUCAAUGACGAAUUCUUCUUGCCACUGAACGGUCCCACAAGCACGAUGACCGGCUCGAUAACGGCCGUGAAGGUCAAAAUUACAGGACUUAUUGAGUCGAAGGGAAAAAUAGCGGGCAAAAGUGCGGAGAAGUUGAUGCCCAUAAAAGAUAUUUACACACCCUUGGAAUUGCCUCGCGACUGUUUCCUGCAAAACGUGACGUUCAGAAACCUUGUCAGAGCUCGAGACAUCGUCAUCUUAAAUGAUAAUAAUAAUGAAACGAUUGUUCGUCCUAAGUUAUCUAUGAAGAAAAUUUUAGAGAACAAAAUACCGCUGAACUCUAGCCUACCGAAACAUGUGAUAUUAUUUGCCCAUAAAACACAAUGGGACAACGUGACUAUCUUUAACUAUAGUAACUGGGUGACGAAGAAUUCGACCGAUACCAUAGUCGUUUCCGCUGCUAAACACGCAACCAAUAACAUCGUUUUGGGAGGAGCUGCCUACGAAAAUCUUUCCGUUCCAAAAUUGACCAUUCCCAUAUGUACGCAGGAAGUUGUCACGCAAGACAUUACAAGUUCUCUGAUAACGGUGGACGAUUUAAUUGUAGAAAAUUUAUACGUAUCGAACGUUACUGGAACUCGUGACUUCAACAGUACCAUGUUCGGUUUCGUGUCAGCCUUGCACAAUGUUGAUUUCUCGACGAAGCUAUUCGCCGGGCAAGUCUUCGUGAAGAAUAUUUCAGCGUCAAAAAUUCAAGGAUUAGAUACGGAAGAGUUAAAGAGCCAUGUAAACAAGUGGAUAGACGUGGAUCGCAUCAAAGGACCAGUGAACAUCAGCAAGUUACAAGUUGAGGAUCUAGUAACGCCGGUCAAGUUUAAUUUUCCUUUACCUAAUAUAGUAAACACCGUCGUUAUACUUGGGAAUAGUAAUAUCGGGAAGAUCAAUGGCAUGAAUAUGUCAUCCUUCAUCGAAAAUGCACAAAAAGUGAACGACACAAUGUCUUUGGAAAUAGCAACAUUCGAUUAUGAGUUCGCAUCUAACCACACACACGCUUCUUAUUCGACGCUAAAACUCCCCCGUAUAGAUGCGCAUCCUAACUUGCAUUCAAAACAGAUCGUUGGCACUUUGGAAACGAGCGCGAUAAAUGUGUCUUUCGGCUAUGUUGCGAACAACGCAUCGUCAACUUUUGUUAUAGAGGGGACAGCUACAUUCACGAAAGAACCGACGGUGCAAAAUGUGAAGAAUGUUAAUCUCAAACGAUUAUCCGAGAACUUAUGGAUGUCGGAUCAGAAUACAGUUAUAUCCGGUAUCAAUCUGAGUCUGGAGAAUAUGUCUAUGAAAGACAGAGUUGUUAUAUUUAACGCUGAAAAUUCGCUGAAUACACGCAUGUGGUUGAAUCUGACGAGGAAAUUAUUGAGCAAGACGAGGCAACAGAAUAUCACCACGGCUGGGUCGUUCAAAAGCGUCAGGGUACCCGUUGUCGGUGCAACGGAUAACUCAAUUCUCCAGACUUCGGCUCCCGAGUUGAAGAUACUGCUGACCAAUUCUCUGAUGAGAAACAGUGCGGAGACACAGAUCGUGGAUGCUACAUGGCACUUCGAAGAAUUGAACAUAGAUAAUUUAUAUUGGAACGGCAAAUUCAAUGAUGUCGACUUGAACACGGAAAUCGUUAGGAAUGACGCAGAGCAGAAUAUCAUCACCGGGAGGAAGGUAGUCGCAGACUUAUCUAUAGAAAGUCUCUGGUCGUACAACAAGAACUUCUCGAAAUUUGCCAAGUAUGCUCUGACUGAGAAAUGUCGGGACAUAACUGCGAUCAGAGGACGAAAAACUUUCAAGAACAUUAACUUGAAUAACUUGAGUGUCAAAGGUAAGCUGACAGGGCGCAGCAUCGAGGAAGCGUUGCUAAAGUCUAAAAAGCAAACGGUAUUCGGUGUCAAGACGAUACAAGGUCACCUGGAUGCAUCAUCUUUUAUUGCUCUUACUAGCAUUGUGAACGAUGUGAAUCUGAUGCGGUUGAUUAAUGAUCAAGUAAAGAAGCACGAAUUAACGCAGACAAUAGAAGCCGAGAUCAACUUCCGGAAAGAUCUUCAAGUUUUCGGAAACGUCACAGUCGGUAGACUUUACGAAGGUGUAAAUAUGAAUAAUAUCAGCAAUAACAGCGAAUUGAACGCUGUUCUGAACAGAACGACGGAAGUUGCGGAACUGACGCGCGACAUAAAAACCGGGUUACACAAUCCCGCAACUUACGUGAGCAAAUUCGAAGAGGUAAAUGAAGAUGUAUCGAAGAUCACCGCAGAUCCCGAUACCGAGGAUGCAAUGGCUCUCAAUGGUACUUGUAUCUGCGAGCCGAAAAAUCUUUCCAACUUUUGCGACGAUACGAAGUUAUUAAGUAUCCUUGCCAGCAAAAAUUCCAGCUCGUUCAUAAUAACGAGACUGGUGUUGCUAGAUGAUACCGUGUUUGUGAUAAUAGUGUCAUCGGACUUCGUCUCGGUUUAUACCUAUGCCGAUGUAGAAGAUUUGCGUCAGAGAACAGAAUUACACCUGCCCGACAUACUUCAAGCGUCUGUGGAGCCAGCCGAGCACGCACUAUGGAUCGCUCUGCGAUUGCCGAGGCAGACUUUGGUGUUACGUUAUCAAGCGUGGAACGAAUUCGAGCAAUACGUUUUGCCACCCUCGGACACGCUGGUGACCAGCAAGACGCUGAACAACCAACACUUGCUCAUACGAUCUGACGGUGUGUGGAAUCUCGCAGGAGUUUUCUAUCCGGAGCAUAUAUGCAAACUGCCCUUAAACGGGGAGAUAAAAGCCUUCGCUCGAGGCGCCGAUUAUUACGUGAAGGUAACGAGGAAAAAUAGCACAGUUUUCCUGAGAGCGCGGUACGUAGGUAACUAAAAUGUAUAAAAUUAGUUAGCUAGGUAUAAUUC